GUCCCAGCAGCAUAUUUGUUAAGGCGCGCAUUUUUCCGCCCCAGUUCGCGUUCUUCUAGCAAAUUGUCCUCUUCCACAUAAGCCCCCGUGCUCUAUGUUAUAAGAUGGAUGCUUUCAGGCUGUUGACUAGAUCGACCAAGUUGAAGAUUGGCGCCGCCCAGUCUUCAACGACGUCGACCAAGCUUCCGUCCACGGGCAAGGCAGAGAACCCACAACUUUUUCAGAACUCUGCAGCGGACAAGCUUCUAGAGGAGAAGAGUCACGGGAAAAAGAGGAAGAGGGGCCAUGCUGUUGAGGAAGCAGCUAAUGAUGACGACGAUGCAUUGCAUCUGGAUUUCUUUAGCCACAAUAAAGGCUCUAGCGCUGGCCCGAGGAGCUCAAAUCUUGCGACGGAGAAGGACCAGGCGGCGUCUGCUAGUCAGGGGGGAGAGUCUGACUCGGAAUCUGGUGACGACGUGAUGGAUGAGGUUCAACGUCGGACGAUUUUGAAUGCGCAUAAGAUCAAGGUCACGGAUAUGCGUGAUCUUGACGAAGUCCAGCCCGUCCAGGUACCGAGUGAAGAGCCGAAGAAGAAGAAGAAGAAGAAAAAGCGAAAGCAACAGCAAGAAGAAGAGAAAGAAGAAGAGCAGCCUCAGGCUCUGACUAAAAAGGAGCAGAAGAAGGCCCGUCGGUUGUAUCCGCAGCCACUUGUUUCUUUCAAGGAGCUCAGGACAAAGUACAAAAUUUCGCGUCGCCUUGCAGAGAAUAUUGCCGAGCAAGGGUUCACUGUGCCGACUGAGGUGCAGUUGGCAAGUCUUCCUUUGUUGCUCGGGGACAGACCUAUUUCUGAACAGUCCGGUGCUAUGAGCUCUACUGAGCCUGAUCUUUUGGCGGUUGCCCCUACUGGAAGUGGAAAGACACUGUCCUUCAUGAUCCCUGUGAUCAAUAAGAUUGUUCGACACCACCACGAGCAAGACGGGGAACGUGGGAUCUUUGCGGUCAUUGUUGCACCAACCAAAGAGCUUGCCAGUCAAAUUGUCAACGAGGGAAGAAAGUUAGCGGUUGGAACCGGCGUGAAGAUUACGUUAAUGAGGAAAGGCAUGCGGGUGGUUGAACGUGAUGAUGGUGAAGAGGAGGAUAUUCUAAACGAAAGCGAUGCGGAAGAAAGAUCUGAUUCGGAAACUGAACAAACUACCGAGAACAAGAACAAGGAUAAGGGAUCAAUCCCAGUUACGAAAAGUGACAUUCUUGUCUCAACCCCACUGCUUCUCGUCAAUGCGCUCUCUAUGAACAAGACAAAGCCCUUGGCAACCCUGCCUCUGGUGAGAAACCUUGUUUUGGACGAAGCGGAUGUUCUUCUGGAUCCUUUGUUCAGAGAUCAGACACUCGAUAUCUGGCGCUCCUGUACUCACCCCGAACUUCGAGCUAGCCUUUGGUCCGCCACCAUGGGAUCAAGUAUUGAAGAUAUGGCUAAAUCGACUAUUAAAGAACGAAAGCUUUUGCUGAGCGAGACAAAAUCUUACCCGCUGAUACGACUUGUCAUUGGCCUGAAAGACUCUGCCAUCCCAAACAUCAAACACAAGCUGGUUUAUGCUGCCACAGAGCAAGGAAAGCUCCUAGGCCUCAGACAGCUUCUCCAUCCUACAGCCGCGACAGCCUCUGACGUUCGUCUUCGCCCACCAUUCUUAAUCUUCACACAAACGAUCCCUAGAGCAAUCGCACUCCAUUCGGAAUUGCUUUAUGACAUUCCACCCGAGGCCGGUGGCUCCUCGCGAAUCGCCGUUCUGCACUCUGAGCUAUCGGACAGCCAGCGAUCAGAUAUCAUGAAGGGAUUCCGUAAAGGCGAGAUUUGGAUUCUCGUCACGACAGAUCUGCUCGCGCGUGGUGUCGACUUCCGGGGCAUCAACGGAGUUGUCAAUUAUGAUAUCCCUAACUCCCCCGCGGUUUACGUUCAUCGAGUGGGACGAACCGGGAGAGCUGGACGCGAGGGUGGAGUGGCAGUGACCUACUAUACAAAGGAAGAUAUCCCUUACGUGAAGAGUAUUGCGAAUAUCAUCGACGUCAGCGAGAAGCUGCGUGGCACCUCCGGCGAGAAAUCUGUUGAAAAGUGGCUUCUGGACGCUCUCCCGGAUCUCAGCAAGAAGAGCAAAAAGGAGCUGAAAAAGCAUGGUGUCAAGGCACGACAAUCAGGCCUCAAGAAUGGAGCCAAGGACGACAACAAAAACCCAAGAGCAAGAAUUAGUACCAAGAGUGGAUUCGAAAGACGGAUGGAAAACAAAAUGAAAGGUGCCAUUGCAGCUAGCCGCAAGAGAGCACAAGAGCCGGCCAAUGCCGGUUCUGACAGUGGCAGUGAUGAUAAUGGCUGGGAUGGAUUUGAGGAUUAAACCGAUUGCAAAUGCUCCAUUCUCCCAGCCUGAAGUGAGAAGGCAAAGAACAAAAGAAGAGCACGCACGUUGUACAAUAGUCAUGAUUCCCCCAGUUCAGUAU